AUGUGUGUGUCGAGGUGUCUGCAGUGUGUCUCCGUCUCUCUGGUUGCCAUGGCGAUCACUUGCAUGCUGUCCAACAUCCUGCUCCUGCUUCCUGAACUGAAGAUCCACUACCUGAUGGAGGGCCAUGUGACCAGAGAGGCGACCUGGGCCACGGGCCUCUGGGGCUCCGGACUGCUGGUUCUCAUCGCAGCGAGAGCCUUCCUGCAGAGUAGCAGGACACCAGGCUGCUGUGCCUUCAGACGACAGAUGUUGUGCCAGGUGCUGUACUCGUGUGUGUGUGUUCUGGCUGCGGGCUGCUGCUGUCUGGUCAGUGUGACUGGUCUCUGUCAGGGUCCUCUCUGUCUCUACAACUCCACAUCUGGACCCACCUGGGGGGUCCCACUGCAGCCAGUCCCAGACAGUCAUGCAGGCUACCUGUACAACAGGUCUCAGUGGUCCUCGGUGUGUGUGGAGCCUGACGGCGUGGUCCAGUGGAACGUGGUUCUGUUUGCCGUGAUGGGCGGAGCCAGUGGUCUGCAGGUGGUCAUCUGCAGCGCCAACGUGCUGAACUCUCUGCUGGGGCUGAUCCUGGGUCAGAGCUGCUGCAGCAACAAGGUCAGUCCAAUCUCUGUGUGACCUCUGACCUCCGGCUGUCACAGAAACUCUUCACAUGUAAAAGGCUUUUAUUAUGGCCAGUUAUAUUUUUACAACCACUGAUGCACUUUAUAUAAAAAUAACUGAAGGAUUAUUGAUUACAAACAUUAAUUGUUGUUUUAUUUUAUUUUAUUAUUUUAACUACCAUUUAAGUUGUAUUUAUUAAUGUUUAAUAUUUUAUUAAUUUUUAAUUUAAUCUAUUUUUUUUCUUUGAGAUAAAA